AUUCUGUAGAAGAAUGUUGAUAGUAUUACUGUCUUAUAUGACAUGGAAACUAGAAAACAUAGCUAGAUACUCUUUUACUCAUGUUUUGGAUAAUGAGAGAAAUUAUUUUAUGCUUCACACACUUGGAGUAUGUCAUCUACUGUAAUAUAGUAUCUGAAUGAAUACUUAAAAUCAAAUACAUUUUUGUAAGCUAGUUGUACACUUUAAAACCUCUGAAUAAAUUUGACUAGCAAGUCUCAGAAACUUGAUUCUAAAUAUUAAAAAUACAUCCUUCCUUGGGAGGGAGCGUGUAGGAAACGUGCAGUGUGAUUGUAAACAUGCUGUCUGUCUGGAGGUCGCUUUGUUCCUGCAUCCUCUGCUUUCAUAUCAGGGAUGUUCACAGAACGCCAGGCACCAAAGGCCAGAAGCGUCCCCCUGCAGGACCAGCACUUGGCCCUGGCCAUCCUGCUGGAGCUGGCUGUGCAGAGAGGCACGCUGAGCCAAAUGUUGUCUGCCAUCCUGUUGUUGCUUCAGCUGUGGGACAGCGGGGCACAGGAGACUGACAAUGAGCAUUCUGCCCAGGGCACCAGCGCCCUGCUUUUGCCCUUGCUGCAAAGGUUCCAGAGCAUCAUUUGCAGGAAGGAUAUGCCCCUUUCUGAGGGCGACAUGCACGUGAGUGUCGUGAUAGAACUUUGUGUUUAGGUGGCACUGGAUUCUAGUUAUUUUUUAA